ACCUUUACAUAGAUAAAUAGAUAGUGGAAGGAAGGAAGGCUGUUAGUUGCUUCUAAUUACCUAUUUAAUUUUGUAAUAAUCCUAUUAAAAAAAUUUACCUAGGUAUAUUAAUUGUUUUAAGACUGUUAUUUCUCUGAAUAGUUACUUAAAAGUUUCAAUUAUUUGCGGGCCAAUCCUAAAAACUAACAAAAUGCAGCUCACGUCAGACCCUCGUCGAGCAGAUCGAGAGCGACGUUACAAGCCUCCGCCACCAACAUCUGCCCCAGCUGAAGAUCUUACUACAGAUUAUAUGAAUAUUUUAGGAAUGGUAUUUUCUAUGUGCGGCCUUAUGAUGCGCCUCAAAUGGUGUGCCUGGACUGCAGUGUUUUGUUCCAGUAUCAGCUUUGCUAAUUCAAGAGUUUCGGAUGAUACCAAACAGAUUGUUAGUUCCUUCAUGCUGUCUAUCUCAGCGGUGGUUAUGUCAUAUCUUCAGAAUCCUGCUCCAAUGUCUCCUCCAUGGGCUUCAUUGACGACAUGAAAUUAAAUUGUAAUUUUGUUUAUAAUAUUAUGAUUAUAUGGAAGUUUAACAAUUUA